CCUGCAUCGACAUCAUCUCCAUGUCAAGUAGAAGAGGCGUAGGCCUAGGUGCCUUCACUAACAAACAUGCGACUGCUCAGUCAUAUGCUGCGCAUGGCUCCAACCUCAAGUCGGCGAAUGCUGCCUCAUUACAGACGCAAUUAGAAGUCUUCCAGUCUCUCCUGCACAACUUCGCUCUUGAACAUGCUGCGACCAUCAAAUCCAACCCGACAUUCCGUGCCGAAUUCGCACGAAUGUGUAACGCUAUAGGAGUCGAUCCACUAGCCGGCAGCAAUAUCAAAGGGAAGAAAGCCGACUCGUUGUGGGCAAAAGUGCUGGGUCACGACGUCAAUGACUUCUAUUUCUCGGUAGCUGUCCGAGUGGUUGAGUUAUGUCGAUCCACAAGGGCUGAGAACGGAGGCUUACUUGGUUUGAAAGAAUGUUGUGAGAGCGUCGCCAAGGGAAGGGCAAUUGGUGGUGGCCUGCAAGUUUCAGAGGACGAUAUCGAGCAGGCAGUAAAGUCUCUCGAGCCUCUCGGAUCAGGAUUUCAGAUUCUCACCAUUGCGAACAAACGAUUCGUCCGAUCUGUUCCUAAGGAGUUCAACAACGAUCAAUCUACCGUCCUUGAAGUUCUACAGCUCCUUGGUAAUGUUACCGCGUCGUUGCUGACCCUAAAUCUGGGUUGGGAGCCAGCACGCGCGGAAACGGUGAUUCAAGAUCUGCUUGCCGACUCUUUGGUAUGGGUCGACUAUCAAUGUGGGGAGCCCGAAUACUGGUCACCUCAGGGCUUAAUCGACGAGAACGAAUAAUCACGGCGAAGAGGGAAAACAUCUGGACAGAUCAAAAGCGACUGGGUAUACGGACGGAUCUGCGUGUUGAGAUGGCCCAUUCGCGGGCAAGCACCUUAAUCUGAGUGACCUGAUCUCUAUUUCUUGUACUCAUCCUUCAAAACCCAUCGGCCUCUGCCACGACUACCCUUCUCGAGUCUUGCGAUCAACUUGAGCGUCUCCUUGAACUCCGCGGUAGCCUGCGGUGUCGUACAGAGCCGGUUAAAGUGAUCGAUCAGCAUUUGAGUGUACACGCUCCCACCGUGGCUCGACAGGUAAUCACGAAUGAGCUUGCCAAAGUCCUUGCCUUGGGGCAGAGCUGGUGUACCGGAUCUGGAUGCUGAGGUUGCCGACCCGGAUGAUCUUGCUGGACUUGACGUUCUCGGCGUGCCGUCACGGCUCGAUGCCAUACCUGCCUGCCGCUGCUGCAAGCCAGCGAGAAGACUUGAUGACUGCAUGCCUGCGCCUCUACCUCGCGAGUUUGAGCUGAAAGCCCGUAGAGCAGUUGUCUCUUGUGGCCGACCCGCGACACCAAAUUGUCCAGUCCACGUUGGAGUUCCGAUCGGGACGGUCCGAGCAAGCUCACCAGCACGUCUGAGCUCUUUGGCGGCUUCCGCAGCUACUCUACGAGCUUCUUGCUCUAUCAGGACCGGAUCUGCUGCAAUCUUCUUUCCAGGCUUCGAACCAUCGAUGAUUGUAUCAUGCUCAACGGCAGAGUGGAUACCGGAACGUACGAAAAUACCUUCCAUCAUCCUGGCUUCGGAGUUGUUCGCUCCCUCAUUGAGGGCUUUCUCUUCUUCCGCGACUUCACCGGCAUAUUGCUCCACGGAGGAUAUGCCCGGUAACGCCUCGAUUUUGGUGUCGCUGGGUGUGGGGUCUGGUUGGUUUUCGCCGUCGGGUGCCGCAUCCUUAGUGUCGGCCGUCUUGGAAUUGUAUUUCACUUGCGCAUCCUUGAAAAGUGCGCUUGUCUCGGUGGGCUCCCCUUCAUUUCCUAAGGUAAAUAGAUCGUGAAGGUCAUUCAGAUGGAAAGUCUGCCGCUGCUUCGGGUCCUUCAAUAUCUUGUUGGUCAGAAAUUGCUUGAAGAUCUGUCGAUGGUAGAUCUUCUCUUCUAUUGUGCCGGCAGUCAUCAGGCGAUAGAUUGUCACUUCCCGCUUCUGGCCCAGCCGCCAGGCUCUCUCGCGGGCUUGAAGAUCUGUUGACGGAUUCCAAUCUGGGUCAUAUAUGAUAACCCGGUCAGCGCCGGUCAAGUUGAUGCCAAGCCCGCCGACUUUGGUGGUCAAAAGGAAGACGUGCAAGUCAGGAUCGGUGUUGAACUCAUCGACCAUACUUUGCCGAAACUGAAUUGGAGUAUUACCGUCCAUGCGCCUAUACUUGAAGCCCGCAAGAGAUUUGACAUAUUUCUCCAAUAUAUCAAGCAUGAUUCUAUGCUGAGCGAACAGAAGUGUCUUGUGGCCAGUUUCUUUCCAUAACUCGAGGAGCGA